AAGGGGCGCCAGCGCUGCUGCUUCCUACGGGCUGGCAGAGCGUCUCCACGCCGGGCGGCCUCGCGAGGCCGGCCUGGGUGAGUCCCCGCGGCCGGCAGCAGCAUCCUCACCUGGGCGCCUGUUACCAAUGCAGAUCCUCUCGGCCCCACCCAGACCUGCGCCUUCGGAAGCGGCGGAGGCGGGGCCUGACCCCGAGCGGUUUAACAAGCCCUCCAGGUGCCCCGGGGGCGCAGGCGGAGGGCGGCAGGAAAGGAAGCGGCUGGAGGGAAACGCCUCCUCUUCCAGGUUGAGUGGCCGCUUCCCGGUCCGCGCCCCCGGGCCUCCCAGCAGCCGGCCGCGGGCGGCCCCCGUGAGGCCCCCGGCCCGCUGCCCCGGAGCCCCUCUCCCGGGUGCCCGCCCGGGCCCUCUCCUCUCCCGCGGGCGCGCCAUGCAGCGCCGCAGCACCCGCAGUGCGGCCGACAGGGCGGCGGCGGCCCUGCUCAGGGGCGGCUGGGGAGCGACCGGGGCCGCCCUUGAACCUGCGCGCCCCAGCCGCCUGCGUCGCCCUUCGCAGGCUGUGAGCUCACCCAGGAGAAGCGGACGUGCACCCUCAGGCCGCAGGAGGGGAAGCAGGGCUAUUUGCUUGGGCGAGAAAGCCAAAGAGGGAAUGAACCUCGUGGAGAUCCUGCCCCCAGCAAACCAGGAGGACAAGAAGAGCAAGCCCAUCACCACUGCCUCGCUCCAGGCCUCCGUGCUACCCAUGGCUGUCACGAUGGGGUUUGAGAUUUCUCCUCCAGUCACUUUUCAGCUCCAAGCUGGCUCAGGACCCGUGGUCCUCAGUGGCCAGGAAUAUCACUGGAGGCCAGAAGGGGCCCCCAGGAGGUGGCAGGUGAACACUUCGGCUCCCGUGCUGGGACGCCUCAGAUCUCUCCUGGGAAGAGGAGAAGGAGGAGGAUGUGUCCCUGGAGGAGGAGAGCCCCUUCGGACAAGCCAAGAGGCCGGCGCCCCAGAGGCAGACCAGCGUCGCCGAGAAGAAAAGGGUGGAAGAAGAGGAGGAGGCAGCAAGACCCAGUCUUAAAGACAAGAGCCUUGGGAGAAAGGCCAAACCCACCAGCAAGCCUAAAAAGCUGGAAUCCACGAAAUGAGGAGCCAGGAGUAGCCUGGCUGCAGGGACCAGCACACAGAGUGGGCCUUCCUUGGGGUACCCAGCAGACCAGGGGUGCCCCUUCAUCCAGUCCAAGUCUGAAUUGACGGCAAUGCUGAGGACAAUACAGGAGCCUCUCACCCCAGCUCUCGGGCUUCAGCAGGACCUGGAGGGAAGAGCCCCGACCUCAGGGCCAUAAUAAAAUUUGCUUUGCCGGAACCUUGCUUCCGCUGCCUCUCUUCCCUGGAGAUGCCUUUCUUGCCUGCUGCAGUGAGCCCAUGUGCCCAACAGAGGGCAGCCGUGUGCCAGAACAUCCUGACCUGGUGGCCCAGCCCGGCCAGGCUGCAAGUCCAGCCCGCCAUUCUGCCCUGCUUUUUUAA